UUCGCACAUCGCUCCACGCGCUUUGAGCUCUCUGGCUGAAGGAGCUGCUGCUGCCGCGGGGCACUUGGUUGCCGUCGCUAGUUGUGAAAGUCGGAUCGUUUCACACUUUAGGCCUCCAAAACAUCUGCUUGGAAUAGCCGAAUUUCCCUUCUGAUUAGUGGACCGGUCAGAAUGGCUGAAGUAACCAAGACAGAAGAACAGCAAGUAGAGAAGAGUUUGGAUGAAGAAGUGGAGAAAAUACCUCAUGCUUUAGAGUCAGCUUCGGAUGUUGGGUGUGAAGGCAAUAGUUCUGCUUCAGGUACAAAUCAGUCCACUGAAAAUGAAAAACAAGUUGAUAGUGGUGGUCAGGAUGGCAGAGCAAAGAGGAAGAACUUAGACUCUGAAGAUGGACCUUCUAAGAAAGCGUGUGUGAUUGGCCAUGGGCAAGCUGUAGCUGCACAUUAUAAUGAGCUUCAAGAAGUUGGAUUGGAAAAACGUAGCCAGUCUCGCAUAUUCUACCUCCGAAACUUUAAUAAUUGGACAAAAAGUGUCCUCAUUGGUGAAUUUAUAGACCGGGUACGACAGAAGAAGAGUGAUAUAACUGUUUUGGAUCUAGGAUGUGGGAAAGGAGGAGACUUACUGAAAUGGAAAAAAGGCAGAAUUAAAAAACUCGUCUGUACUGACAUUGCUGACAUUUCUGUGCAACAGUGCAAGCACCGCUAUGAAGAAAUGAAAUCCCGAUGUCGGUAUAAUGAACAUAUUUUUGAUGCAGAAUUCAUACAAGCAGAUAGUACCAAGGAUCUCUUGUCUUCCAAGUACAGUGAUCCAGAUAUGCGCUUUGACAUUUGCAGUUGUCAAUUUGUUUACCACUAUUCAUUUGAGACUUAUGAGCAGGCUGACAUGAUGCUUAAAAAUGCUUGUGGGAACCUCUCUCCUGGAGGUUAUUUCAUUGGCACAACUCCAAAUAGCUUUGAACUUGUAAAGAGACUCGAAGCUUCGGAAACAAAUUCGUUUGGGAAUGAUGUGUACAAUGUGAAAUUUGAAAAGAAGGGAGACUACCCCUUAUUUGGCUGCAAGUAUGAUUUCCACUUGGAAGAAGUGGUUGAUGUCCCUGAAUUUUUGGUUUACUUUCCCUUACUGGAAGAAAUGGCAAAGAAGCAUGGUAUGAAAUUAGUCUACAAAAUGACAUUUCGGGAAUUCUAUGAAGAAAAAAUCAGGAACGAGGAGCAUAAAAUGCUGUUAAGGAGAAUGCAGGCCUUGGAGCCAUAUUCUACAUUUGGUGAUUCCAGGCUUGUUUCUGAUAAACCUGAUGAUUAUGAGCAUGCAAAAGAGUUUGUCAAAGAUGGCAAGGCAAAGUUACCAUUGGGAACCUUGAGUAAGUCUGAAUGGGAAGCAACAAGUAUUUACUUGGUAUUUGCAUUUGAGAAGCAACCGUGAAACUUCACAAACUGGAUGCAGCAAGAAGAGAUCAUAUCCAUGUGCAAGUUGGAAUGAUCAGAAAUCCAUUGUGGCAACUAUUUUUUUAUUUUUUAUUUUUUAAUUGUCAGACGUGUGCAGGACACUACCAAAAACUAGAGCAAGUUCGUGAUUCCGAGUUACAUUGCCUGUCUGUGACAGAUGGACUUGUGUGUGUGUAUAUAAGAAAGAUUCUGAACCAGUCUUUUUAAACAUUUGUAAGCAAUCUGCAUACUCUCAAAACCUGUGUUUGAACUCACAUAACUUUGUUGGAAACAAAUGUUUUGUUUGUAGAAGUAUGUUUGUGAGUACAAGCCUGACCCUGCACUUUCUGAAGUUGAUGGAAGAAUGUUGACUUCGAUAAUGCAGAAUGAGGGCCUAAAUACUGUUCUGCAGAGAUCAGUUAAUUUAUAAUGAAAUCUGUUCAGCAUAGAGGGUAUGUCUACAUUGCAUGCAGAACCAAAAACUACCCGAGUCAAUUUGAGAACCUCUCUGCUGUGCUCAAGCCUGCAUUGUAAAUCUACCUUAGUGGUAUUCAUGGUGUAGUUUACAUGGUAAAAUCCCAUGAUGUUCUUGUUUUUCCUUGCUUGCUGAUAUGUAGUGUCACUUCAUGGUGCUUUUAAGAUUAAAGAAGUUUGUUCUGUAAAAAACUGCUCAGAAAGUACUGAAUUUCUAAUGUUUUAGGUCUCUACUUUGUUUUCCAAAUAUGGCUAUGCGGUAAUCAGUAACAGCUGCUUAAAUUAGAUUACUGAACAUUUUUUAUUGUAUUAAAGACUUUCCUGACUUUUCAA